GUCGAGGAUGUAUCGGGCUCCGAUUCGGAGUCCGACGGCGAGAGUCCGUCUCCAGCAGACGAAUCAGAGCGGAUACGGCGACUUGAAGCUCAAAAGCGAAGCCUGUUAGAUACCGGCGUUUAUGAAGCAAAGGAUGCUACCAUUCAAGCGCUGAAUGAUCAAAUUGCACGAGCCAGAGACUGGCGCACUUAG